AUGGGGUCGAUUCCUGAUCCAGGCGAGGUCACCGCCGACCUAACUCCUCCGCCGCCGAGCUUUGACGACUUCCAGCGGCAGACUUCUCUCAUGACCAGCUGCACUCUCCUCUGGAAGGAGCUCUCCGACCAUUUCACUACUCUCGAGCAAAACCUCCAGAAGACGUCCGAUGCCCUGAAGCGCAAAAUCCAGGCCCUCGACACCGAGACCAAGGACUCCCUGGCUUUCUCUCCCUCGGGAGGGGUGAGGGAUUCAGGGCGGCGGCGGCCUCCAUCCCUUCGACGGCGAUUUUGGAUGGUGUGCACAGGAGAGAGGCGGCGCGGGAGGACGAGAGGAUGA